UUGUAACUUUGUAUUUUCUUUAUAUUUUGUGUAGAGAUCAUCAAAUUAAGUCUAUCAAUAUGUCACGUGAUAGAGGAAAUGAAAACUUACCUAGUGAAGAUAUUGGAUGGCAUUUUGGUACUGCGGUAGACGGUAAUAGACAUGUUAUUAUGUGUAAGUUAUGUGGGAAGAUAAUCAAAGGGGGCAUUACACGCUUGAAACAACACUUGGCACAUAAAAAGGGUCAAGUAGUUUGAUGCUCAAAUGUGACCACACAAGUAAGAGAACAAAUGAUGAAACAUCUACAAUAGUAUGCUGAGAAGAAAAGAGAUAAACAAAAAAGGCAAGAAGAAGUAGAAGCCCAAAUUAGAGGAGAUUUUGAGAAUUUGAGCGAUGAAGAAGACUUGGAAGAAGAAAGUAUGAGAUUUGCUCGACAAGAAAGCAUGCGAUCACAACAACAAUGGGAAGAGAGACAAAGAUUUCGAGCAAGAACAACUGGAAGGGGUAAUAUUUAUGAAGAGGGAGGUGGCUCUGGCAGUGGUGCUACCAGUGGUUUCAAUAGAGCAGGAGCUCGAUCUUAUAGUGGUCGAGAAGCUGGAGGUAGUGGACGACAAUGGAUCAAUCCUGAUGCCCCUGAAGCUAGACUAAAGGCAAUGGAUCUAUUUUAGAAAGAAGCAAGAGUGCGAAACAACCAAAACUCAACACAAAGUUACUGAAAGGUUUAAGAAGUAAAUUAGGAAAAGCGGUUGGAAAAUUCCUAAUUUAUAAUCGGAUUCCAGCGAAUGUAGCUGACUCUCCAUUUAUGCAGCCUAUGCUUGAUAUUGCUGCAGAGGUUGGAAAGGGGGUGAAGGGUCCAUCACCCUAUGAGAUAUCUGAAAUUUAUUUGGAGCAAGAGUAUCAAGAAAUGAAAAAUUAUAUAGCUUCUUUUGCUGGAAUUUGGAAGGAAAGAGGUGUAACACUUAUGUGUGAUGGUUGGUCAGGACCAACUAGAAAACACAUUAUAAACUUUUUAGUUUAUUGCGAUAGAGGCACCGUGUUUCAUAAAUCAGUUGAUGCCUCUGAUGUGCCAAGCAGAACAACUGAUAAUUAUUUCAGGUAAUUUUCUAAUUUUAAUUGUAUAUGCAAAUAGUAUUAUGGACUUGCAUGUUUUUAAUUAAAUAGUAGUAAUUAUUGAAUUUAUAAUUUCAUUUCAGAUUAAUGGAUGAGGUGGUUGAAGAAAUUGGAGAGGAGAAUGUUGUCCAAGUAGUGACUGAUAAUGAAGCUGCAAUGAAGGCAGGAGGAAAAUUAUUAAUGCAGAAGAGGCCCAAUCUCUAUUGGAUAGCAUGUGCAGCUCAUUGCAUAGACCUUAUUCUUGAAGAUAUUGGUAAGAAAAGUAACGUGAAGAAGGUCUUAGAAGAUGCAAGAACAAUAACCUCAUUUAUUUACAACCACACAUGGACAGUGAAUUUCAUGAAGAAAUUCACAAAUAAUAGAGAGUUACUUCGCCCUGCCAUCACUCGAUUUGCCACAAAUUUCAUUGCUUUGGAGACUAUUGUCAGGCAUAAACAAGCACUAAGGGAAAUGUUUACAUCUGAUGCUUGGAAAAACUCAAGGUUUGGAAUGGCAAAAUCAGGCCCAGCAUAUGAUUCAAAGAAAAUUAUCUUAGGCAAAGAGUUUUGGCAAAAGGCCUCUGAUAUAAUUAAAGUGCAAGAACCCUUGGUGAAAGUUCUUAAAUUGGUUGAUGGUGAUGAAAAACCAACCAUGGGCUUCAUAUACGAGGCAAUUGAUAGGGCAAAGUUGGUCAUUCAAAAAGAUUGCCGGUUUUACAAAGACUAUUGGAAAAUUAUUGACAACCGGUGGAGUUUUCAGUUGCACCAAGAUUUGCACGCUGCUGGGUAUUUUUUGAACCCACAAUUUCUUUAUGGUGCCCCACCCUCUCCUGAAGUUGCUAGAGAAGUCAUGGAUGGAGUUAAAAAAGUGAUAACCAAGUUGGUACCCGAUAUAGAUACUCAAAUUCGGGCUAUUAAUCAAGUAAGUAUUGGUUCCAUUAAAUUGAAUAAUGAAUUGUUCUAGUAUUCUGUAAUACUUUCAAGAAUAAUUAUUAAUACAUCUAAUUAAUUAAUUAUAUUUCACAAUCAUCAUUUUUUAGUUGUUGCUAUAUCGAGAUAGGCAGGAGACUUUUGGAACCCCGUUGGCUCAAAGGGCAGUGAAACAAA